AUGGACACUUACAAUUCUACUUUAGAACAGGUUGUUUCAUCAACGGGUUCGUCUAACACUCUUUUACAAAAGGGUCUAUUUUCCCUUUCGGAGUAUUCCAAGCUACAAUUAUUAAUCACCUUUCUAGUGGCUGUUUUUACCUAUGAUCAAAUUGCUUAUCAGCUUAGAAAAAGGAACUUAGCAGGUCCUGCUUUCAAAUGGUACCCAAUCAUCGGUCCAUUUUUAGACUCUCUAGAUCCUAAAUUCGAACAAUACGUGGAGAAAUGGAAUUCAGGGAAGUUGUCCUGUGUAUCAAUCUUUCAUAAGUUUGUUAUUAUUGCGUCGGAUAGAGAUUUGGCAAGAAAAAUCUUUCAAGCUCAAAAGUUCGUUAAACCAUGUGUUGUUGAUGUGGCUGUCAAGAUCUUAAGACCCACAAAUUGGGUCUUUUUAGAUGGUAAAGCUCAUUUGGAUUAUAGAAAAUCAUUAAACGGUCUUUUCACAAAGACUGCAUUGGAACAAUAUUUACCACAUAUUGAAGAAAUUGUGGAUAAAUAUAUGGACAAGUUUGUUGAAUUAUCCAAGGAAAAUAAUUAUGAGCCACAAGUGUUUUUCCAUGAAAUGAGAGAAAUUCUUUGUGCGAUUUCUUUACGUUCAUUCUGCGGUGAUUAUAUUACAGAAGAUCAGAUUAGAAAAAUCGCUGAUGAUUAUUAUUUAGUCACUGCUGCAUUGGAAUUGGUGAAUUUCCCCAUCAUUUUGCCAUAUACAAAGACUUGGUACGGUAAGAAGACAGCCGACAAUGCCAUGAAGAUUUUCGAGAAUUGUGCUCAAAUGGCUAAGGAUCAUGUUGCCAAAGGCGGUAAAUCAAUCUGUGUCAUGGAUGCUUGGUGUAAAUUAAUGUAUGAUUCUAAAAAUAAAGAUGAUGAAACUUCAAGAUUGUACCAUAGAGAAUUCACCAAUAGAGAAGUUUCAGAAGCUGUUUUCACAUUUUUGUUUGCCUCUCAAGAUGCUUCAUCUUCUUUAGCUUGCUGGAUUUUCCAAAUCUUAGCUGAUAGGCCUGAUGUUUUGGAAAAGAUUAGAACUGAACAAUUGAAAGUCCGUGAUAAUAAACCAGAUGAAUCUGUUUCAAUUAAUAUGAUUGAUAAGAUGGAAUAUACAAAUAUGGUUAUUAAAGAAACCUUACGUUAUAGACCACCUGUUAUUAUGGUGCCAUAUGUGGUUAAAAAGAACUUCCCGGUUACUGAAACUUAUACUGCACCAAAGGGAUCCAUGUUGAUUCCAUCAUGUUAUCCAGCUUUACAUGAUCCAGAAGUUUAUGAAAACCCUGAUGAAUUUAUUCCUGAAAGAUGGGUAGAAGGUGGUAAGGCAAUGCAAAACAAGAAAAAUUGGCUAGUAUUCGGUUGUGGUCCACAUGUCUGUUUGGGUCAAACUUAUGUGAUGAUUACUUUUGCCACUUUGAUUGGUAAAUUCGCUUUGAAUACAAAUUGGGAACAUAAAGUUACACCCCUAAGUGAAAAAAUCAAAGUGUUUGCUACUAUUUUCCCAAAGGAUGAUUUGUUAUUGAAUUUCAAAAAGAGAGACCCACUAACAGGUAAAAUCAUUGAAUAA